AUGGAGAAUGUGAGAGACAAUUCUUCAUUAUCUUUGGGGGAUCCAGCCUCCACAAGGGAAGUUAAUCUUGGUCCAAGUGGCCCAAGAUUACUUGUAGAACGUUCUAAAAUGCCUGCAGAGUUCAAAUUAAUUGUAUACAAUUUAAUUCAAUGGUCAGAAUAUGUUCGAGAGGUCUUGACCAGAAGAGGGAUGUUACAUCAUUUGAUUGAGGGAAAACUAGAUCCAUUGUCUCGUGAAUUUCGUAGAUGGAAAGAAGACGAUGCAUUAAUCAAAACUUGGCUUUGGGGAACAAUGAUUCCCCAAAUUACUCGAGAUUUUUUCUUCCUAUCUACAGUCAAAAAUUUGUGGGAAAUAAUUCACACGAAAAGUGACUAAUGCAGAUGGAUCUUUCCUAAUCAUCGCAGGUAUAGGAGACAUUAAACUUGAACCUCUUAGGGUUCUUACUAAUGUCCUACAUGUCUCCAAGUUAUUUACAAAACUUAUUUCAGUUAAGAAACUUGUUAGAGACACCUUAUUGUGUCUUUUUUGAUGAAGAUAUCUAUGUCAUAUUUGGUAAGGUACAUCAUCGGAGGAUUGGAGUUGCUAGAGAGUGUGAAGGUCUUUAUCUUCUAGAAAGACUAAGCCAAACAUAUCUAGUGGAAGCAGAUCAAUCUUUAGAACCUCUAGGAGAUGUUCUUAAGAUAUGACUACUUUACCAAUGGAUGGGUCAUCUAUUAGCACUUUGAAAAUAGCUUUUUCCACUUUGUUUCGAAGGGUGUCCUUAGACACUCUUAAAUAUAAUGUGUGUGAACUUUUUAAACACAGAUGUACUUCAUUUCAAUCUCAAAAGGAAUGGAGUGAUGUUCCUUUCUUCCUAAUUCGUAGUGACAUUUGGGGACCAUCCUCCAUUAAUGAAAUUCGUGGUAAUAAUUGAUUUGUCACUUUCACUGAUGAUUGUACAAGAUGUAUGUGUCUUCCUUCUCAAACAAAAGAUCUGAUGUGCAUGAUGUUCUGAAUUUUUUUUGUGCCAUGAAAAAAAUCAGUCAUACAUAAAUCUUCUUGUGUCUGUACUCCAUAGUAAAAUGGUUUAGUUAAAAGAAAAAAACUGGCAUCUUUUAGAAGUCACUCGAUCAAUUUUAUUUCAACAUCACGUAACUAAAGUUUUUUGGGGUGAAGUUGUUCUAACAGUCACAUACCUCAUCAACUGAUUGUCAUCUAGAACCUUAGGCUUCCACAGCUUGUUAGAUUCAUUAUUCAAUUUUUUUCCAGACCAACUUAAAACUAGGCUAGAACUUAAGACAUUUGGUUGUCUCUUUUAUUCAUGUUCAUAAUCAAACCAAAGGCAAACUAGAACCAAUAUCACUUAAAUUUGUAUUUCUUGGUUAUGGUACCAAUCAAAAGGAGUACAAAUGUUACCACCCUCCUUCUAUAAUUUUUUUAAUUUCAUUAGAGAUGUUACAUUUCAUGAAUUUGAUUCUUAUUUUAAAGAAUCUCCAUCCAGUGAUCAACAUCUACUUUCUACAGCUCAUAUGGAUCAACAGGUAGAUUAUUCACUCUUGUCUUCAGCUGGUAACUUAUUUAUUCCCAUUUCAGUCCCUGAAAUACUCAGGUCGUAUAUUGAAUCUACUUCUUGAAAACCUAAGGUUUGGCAAGGUUUAUUCUAGGCGAGGUAAAAUUCACGACUCACCAAAAAUCCAAGAUUCUGAUCUGGCCUUAGAAAAUAUAUAGCCAUUAACAUCUCACUCAUCUGAUGAUCUUGCAGUCCUACCUCAGUAUUCACUUUCCAUUGCCCUUGUACCCAACUGCCAAUUUUCUAUCUUAUCACAGACUUUCUCCACCCUAUCAAUCAUUUCUUGUAUCCUUAGACAUCACUAUCAUUCCAAAAAACUCUUCGAGGCUCUAUCCAAUCUUGAGUGGAAACAUGCCAUUGAUGAUGAGAUGAGAGCUCUUGCAAAAAAUCAGACAUGGGACCUUGUAGAAUUACCACGAGAAAAGAAAACUGUUGGUUGCAAAUAGGUGUACGCGGUGAAAUAUAAAUCGGAUGGUUCGAUUGAGAGGUAUAAAACCUGGCUGGUGGCUAAGGGUUGUACACUAAAUUUAUAGAAUAGAUUAUCAAGAGACUUUUCCACCAGUGGCCAAAAUGAAUAUAGUUCGUUUUUUACUAUCCUUGGCAGCGAUUUUCAGUUGGAAUAUUCAACAGUUUGAUGUUAAAAAUGUAUUCUUUCAUAGUGAUUUGGUUGAAGAGGUCUACAUGACUCUUCCACCAGGAUGUGAGGGUAAUCAUCCAUCCAAUCUUGUUUGCAAGCUAAAGAAAUCCCUUUAUGGACUCAAACAAUUCCCAUGUGCAUCGUUUGGAAGGUUUAGAGUAGUCAUGAAAAAAAUUGAGUUAUACCUAAAGUAAUUCUGAUCACACAUUGUUUUUUAAACACUCUUCUUCAGGGGGAGUUAUGGUUCUAUUGAUUUAUGUUGAUGAUAUUAUUAUCACAGGAAAUGAUGAAGGGGAGAUCCAUAACUUGAGCAAUUGUUUGGCCCAAGAGUUUGAUGUCAAGACUUUGGGAUGACUCAAGUAUUUUUUAGGAAUUGAAGGGUCAUAUUCUUCUAAAGGCAUUUUUAUUUCUCAACAGAAGUAUAUGA